AUGGCAUCGCUGGGUGCUCAGGAAGACCAGGUCUGGAAAGUGAAAGAGAAAGAGACCGGCAGGAUCUUUGCGUUGAAGAAAUGCUUCGAUGCCUUUCAAAAUUCCACAGAUGCUCAGCGCACCUUCCGAGAGAUCAUCUUCCUCCAGGCACGUGCGCAGUGCCUCCGCGACCCUCCGCGAGACCGUCGAGUCGCUUCAACAAAGGAGUUGAACGGUCACGAGAACAUUGUCCGGCUGAUGCACGUGCUGCUCCAAGUGCUGUCAUUCAAGCAGCGGAGUUCCGACACGACUUUGCCAUGCACGAACCUUCCAGUAUCACAGGCUGUUGUAGACAUGUAUAGAAAAAUGGCUACGGUUACGGCUCAAGCAUUUGGCUUUCAGCUCCACCCCUCCCUGUGCUCUUUCUUGCACCUCUUCGUCAUGACCUGGGUCUACAACUUCGGCUCUGGGAAUGCGGACGGCCGAGCCGAGAUGAAGAACCUCCUGGGCGGCAAGGGUGCCAACCUUGCAGAGAUGGCCUCGAUCGGGCUUCCUGUUCCGCCUGGCUUCACCUUGACAACGGAGAUCUGCACAUAUUACUACCAGAACGACUGCCAGUAUCCUGCUGACCUCAAGGAGCAGGUGACCAAGGCCUUGGCUCUGGUUGAAACAAGGACCGGGCGCAAGUUCGGAGAUGCCACGAAUCCCUUGCUUGUUUCGGUGCGCUCCGGCGCGCGGGCCUCCAUGCCUGGGAUGAUGGACACUGUUCUGAACUUGGGCCUGAAUGACGUGACGGCGGAG